AUGGAAGCGGAAUCGUUUUUAACACCGCGAAAGCUGAUACAGAGUGCCCUUGCUAGAACCUCAUCGCGCACCUCGAUGGCCUCCUCGCCAUCGCUAAUGGCCGCAAGGACGCCGACAUCAUUGUCGCGUAACACCUCUAGUAGCUGUAACAACACCACCGGCAGUCGCUUCAAUUUGCUACCUGUGCUACAAACGCCUCCUUCGCGUAUAUUUAAAGGCCGCAUCGUGAAUCCCUUCGAACCGCAUUUGGCCGAACGGUUUCAUUUACCGAUGAUCGGGAGUCCUUCCCUUUUCCAGCGCCCCUGUACCCCACAAAACAGCAGCAUCACGCAGUUCGAGUGGACGAUCGACGAGGUGUCCUCGCUGGGACCGGCAAACGUGGAACCACACGAAACACAGUUCAUCGAAACGCCCGAUCCGGUCGCGGAGGCUCGAGUGCAAGCCGCAAUCAGCACCUACUUUAAGGAACAUAGCAUUGUGCCCAGUCCCAUCGACUGUCCAUUAAGGAAUCAAAAAAUUGUGUUAUCGAAGGAUUCUAGCAAUGCUACGUCGACUGCCAGUGGCUCAGGACAGGCCAAGAGAAAAGUUCGCGACGGAAUUUGCCAAACCGUUCUUUCAUUCCCACCUAAUCUUCCCAAAGAGAUUGAGGAUGUGCUGCAAACUUAUCUAACAUUCAACGAGGAUCAGCAACAGAAGCAUGAUGCUUCGCUAGACGCUUCGUCAGUCAGCAGCAUCGAUCACGAUGCACGGGAUGCUUCUUUGCGACGUAAACUUUUCAACACAUCCGCCGUGGUUGAAGAUAGGGACAGUGACUCUAGCGGCGCGAGUCGUUACGGAAGCUCCAUCGACGAUUUCGAUCUGAGAGCUCUAAGUCCUGCGCCGGUAUCACCCGAAGUGCUUGUUGUUCGGGAGAAAGCGAGUGAACAAGAUCUGAAACGUUUACGCUACUACGGAUCACAGGAAAUGCUUAACCAUGUUGUGGAAAGUGAUGCCGAUAGCUCAUUCGGAGCACUUUCGCCCAUUUCCAAGAGCUUAGUCAGUACAUCUCCCAUCGAUGCGUGCGAACAACAUCAUUCGGACGCGGAUGCGAUUUACCGUAGUACACCGGAACCCUCAACCACAUUCCACAGUGAUAAUAUGUCAGCGGAACUAAAUGAAAGCCGUCACUACAUGAGCGCCUCUAUAAAGCACACGGAAUUGACCAACGAGCUCGCCGAAGCGAACCUGUCGAAUGACGGGGAAAGAAGUCACCUUCUCUCAUCCCAAUCGUUCGAUUGCUCCCAAAUGACGCACCACUCGAUCACCCCGCUUCGCGGCAAUCGAAGGAAGGAUUCGAAUCGCCGAAUUACGAAUCGUAAGAAUUUGUCUCAAUCUUUUCUUCAAAUCUCUGACAAGGAUCGUAUCGAAGGAGGGAUUUUCAAGGACAGCGAGGGCGACCUACCUAUUGUCCGAAACGCUGUAAUGAAAGCAUUAUCGCCCAUAAAAGAAAUUACCGCAUUGUCAAAAAGUGUUCAACAUUGCGUAAAUUUCUAUCGCACUGAUAGCGGGUUUAAUGAGGAAUAUCAAAGCAACGAUUUUGCUCAUGAAUUGUCGGAUGUAUCGAUGCUUUCAGAAGACUUCUCGAAUACCCCGGGAAGGAAGAGGCAGGAAAUCACUGCUGACUCAUGA